CAGGGCGGAGCAGCGAGAGGAGGCGGUGGUGGGCGUGAGGGAGCGGCAGCAGCGGCGACUGGAGGAGGAGGCGAAGCUGCAGCUGAGGAGGGUGGAGUGGCGCGAGGCGCGCGUGCAGGCACGGCAGCGGGACGAGGCGCGGCAAGCAGCGGUGGCAGCACUAGAGGCGAGCCGAGGCCACUCACUGCGAUCCAGAGGGGGAGGGGUAAAGUCUGAGGGGGACCCGCAGAUCAAAGACCUUGGAACGGAGGGAGAAGGGGGAGGAGAAGUGGGAGGAGAAGGGGGAGGAGAAGGGGGAGGAGAAGGGGGGGAGAAGGGGGAGGAGAAGGGGGAGGAGAAGGGGGAGGAGAAAGGGGAGGAGAAGGAGGAGGAAGAGCAGAGCAGCAGCGGGUAUGAGGUUGCUGGGCUUGUGAGACGGCGCAGGGGAGGAGGGGGGCAGGAGGGAGGGAGAGAGGACGAGGAGGGGGAAGAGGGGGAAGAAAGGGUUGGAGGGGAAGGAGGGGUUGGAGGAGAACGAGGAGAAGGCGGGGAGAUGAGGGGUGGUGUGAUGGGAGGGCGACUGGGUGUGGAGGGUGGAGGGUGGAGAUCAGCUGCAUCGCUGGAAGCAGAGAAAGAGAGGAAGAGGCAGGAACGCAGGGAGCACUACAGACGAUUGCUGCCACCUGAGCCGGGAGCUGACGUGGCGAGCGAGGAGAGGGCGGUGGUGGCGGUGCGGCUUCCAGACGGGAUGGAGAUGCGGGACAUGUGCGUGCGUGUGAGAGACGUGUCUGCAACUGGUGAGUGCGUGUGUGGGGUGGUGCCUAUGCCAAUAUGCAUGUGUGGGAGGGAGUGGAGCAGAGCAGCAGGCUGGCUCUCCCCCGCUCCUCUGCCCCCUCCCCACGCCCCACCAAACCCCCCCCACCUGUUUCCCCUGCUCCCCUCCCCCCAUUUCCCCCACCCACCGCCCAAACCCCCUGACCUGCUACAGCAGCACACACUCCCCCAAAAGGACCUCCUCCCCUUCCCCCUCUCGCGCGCCUCUCUAGCCACCACCUUCCCACGCCGCCUGCUGCCCCUCGCCUCCUCUGCUGCCCUCCAUGUGGACUUGCAAUGGAGAGCUGCACACGCUCCCCCAAAAGGACCUCCUCCCCUUCCCCCUCUCCCGGGCGGCUCUCACCACCACCUUCCCCCGCCGCUUGCUGCCCGCGCUGCCUUUGUCUCCAUCUCCCUAGCGCAUGCAGACCUGUGCCCACGAGCAGUGCUGGUGGUGGAAGAGGAGGUGAACGAGAAUGAGAACGAGAUUGAGGGAGAGGGGUCUAGGGCAGACCUGUUUCCACGAGCAGUGCUGGUAGUGGAAGGGGAGGUUGAUGAGAAUGAGGGAGAGGGGCAGGGGAAUGUGAGAAUGAGAUUGGGCGGGCAGAGGAACGAGAAUGAGGGCGAAAGGCGGGAAAAUGUGGGGGAAGGGCAGCGGUAUGAGGGGCGAGGCGAAGCUGUAUGA